AGGGUCGUUAGUCCGCACCCUGCACAGGCCACUUCAUCCCCAUUGUUAUGAUCUGCUGUGGUAUAAAUGCGGACUAAACCGUGUUCAUCAGGACAAACCGGGGCAUUACUUUAAAAAACUAAAACAAAAAAAAACUAAUGAUAAUUGGAAAUCUUUCUUGUUGGUUAGCAAACUUGCUUGUUGACUACGGGCUUUCGUCAGUUUUUAUUUUGCAGCUGCUCUCACAACUUCACACGCUCUCCAAUAUCCAGAAACAGCGGUGCGUGAAAAGCGCGUUUCAUUCCCAAGGACACAAGAAUGGAAGCAGGGCGUCGGAGGAACUGAGGUCUUUAGCCCUACACGCACGUGAUCUUUAGUUCUGGAUCAUCAUGGAAGUGAUUUGAAGCGCGCGCGCACGCGUGUGUGUGUGUGUGUGUGUGUGUGUGUGUGUGUUAUGAGUGAACAGUCAGCAGUGUGAUGAUAGGAGACGCGAUGACGCUGCUGUCUCUUCUGGGUCGCAUCAUGCGUUAUUUCUUGCUCCGGCCAGAGACCUUGUUCCUGCUGUGCAUCAGUCUGGCCCUAUGGAGCUACUUCUUCCACACGGACGAGGUGAAGACCAUCGUCAGGUCCAGCCGGGACGCCGUCAAGAUGGUCAAGGGCAAAGUGGCCGAGAUGAUGAUGAUGCAGGACGUGAACGGCGGCGGCCUACACGUGGUGGACGGAGAGUUCUCCAAGACGUGGGGCUUCAAGAGCCACAACGUGGCCGUGUACUCCAUCCAGGGCCGCAGAGACCACAUGGAGGACCGCUUCGAGGUGCUCACAGACCUCGCUAACAGGAGCCACCCGUCCAUAUUUGCCAUUUUUGACGGCCACGGUGGCGAGGCGGCUGCUGACUACGUGAAGGCUCACCUGCCCGAGGCUCUGAGGCAACACCUGCAGGCUUAUGAGCGCGAGAAGAAGGACAGCCCAAUCUCGUACGCCUCCAUCCUGGAGCAGCGCAUCCUCGCUGUAGACCGAGACAUGGUGGAGAAGUUCUCAGCAUCACAUGAGGAAGCGGGUACUACGUGUUUGGUGGCUUUGCUGUCUGAUCGAGAGUUGACGGUGGCGAACGUGGGUGACUCACGCGGCGUGUUGUGCGAUAAGGACGGUAACGCUGUGGCUUUAUCUCAUGACCACAAGCCCUAUCAGCUGAAAGAGCGCAAGAGGAUCAAACGUGCAGGGGGCUUCAUCAGUUUCAACGGCUCGUGGCGAGUGCAGGGUAUCCUGGCCAUGUCACGCUCGCUGGGCGACUACCCGCUGAAGAACCUCAAUGUGGUGGUGCCAGACCCUGAUGUGGUGACCUUUGACCUUGACAAACUACAGCCUGAGUUCAUGAUCCUGGCCUCAGAUGGCCUGUGGGACGCGUUCAGCAACGAGGAGGCCGUGCGUUUCGUCCGUGAACGCCUCGACGAGCCGCACUUCGGCGCCAAGAGCAUCGUGUUACAGUCAUUCUACCGCGGCUGCCCCGAUAACAUCACUGUCAUGGUGGUGAAGUUCAAAAGCACCAAGAACGGAGAAUAGUGCUUUUAUUUUUCCUGUAGAACUUUUCUAUGCGAAUAGGAAUACAUACUUCCCAAGAAUAUGAUCAAUAUUGUUUUUCCUGUGUGCCAAAUGGACGACCUUUUAAACGUUUCCAUAAGUUAACCCGACUGACUUUUAUGUGAAGGAGCAGUGCCAAUGAACUGGCAAGUGACCAUGCAUCUAUUUUUUUAUUUAAUAUAAAAAUAUAAAAUUCUGCCUGAACAUAUGAUAUGGGUCUUGAUUAAAUUACAUGGAUGCUGCUUGUGAUCUGCUAACUAAUGUGCUUGGGUUAAAACCAAUCCUGGUGAUUAAAAUGUAAUAAAGACAAUAACUGGUUUUCCUAUUUA